AAGCACACACGCAGCCGGAUCAAGCUCAACCUCAAAGCCACCGCUCCUCUCCUUGUUCCCUCGGCAAAGACACCGUCAAACACAGCAGGAAUUCGACCGAUCGAUCCAUGGCGGCCCGGUACGUGGAGAUGCUGGACAUGGGCGUGCGCAUCGCCGCCAGGUUCCACUCCCACUGCCCGCAGACCGCGCGCAUGUACUACAAGCCGCCGCAGUCCACCUCCUCCUCCUCGGCCGCGGGCGCCUCCACGGAUCGGAAGGCCUCUGGCUUCGACCACGAGGCUGCGGCCGCCGCUGCCUUCCGGCCCUUCGCCGCCACGUCGCAGGCGGGGCUCAGCGCCGGCAUGCAAUCUGGUUUCGGCUUUGACACCGCGCAGGUCCUCAUCUACGAGGUCGUAUGAGGAAUUCAGGACUCGAAACAGCGACGGCUAGCUAGGAAUUAGUUCUUCGGGAGAGACUUCUGGGAUGAGGAUUUUUUGACACCUGUGAUCGAGUAGCUACAAUUCUGUAACACCAUUCUUUAAUUCGUUUAUGCCCUCGUGGCAAUUGAUCAAAGAAACAUGGUUUUCUUG